GCUCCUCCUCCAUCUCCUCCUCCAUCUCCUCCAGAGGUUCACUGGCCUGCCCAAGGCUGAGUGAGCCCCUCCUUACCUAGUACCUCUUCAUGCUCUCAUCCCACUAUCGCCGCGGGCUCACUAGCUGAUAGAUGCAUCUUCAGCAGCCCUCGCCCACCGGCGCUGUCCUCUGACGAUACCUCACGCCCUCUGACGAUUACCUUUAGCCUUUGCUCUUCCUCGCACUUCCACGACGGCAACCUCGCCGGCAACUUUCGUUCGACCCACACGAUGCAGGACUCUAAUGAAAAUCUAUCCACCGACACGGGCUCCUCCUUUGCGCCACCGCAUGGCUGCCAUGGUGCGCCCUUCGAGACCACUAGCUGGACUGCGAUUCAGGCAGUAGCUCGGAAAUACAAUCUUUCUCUGCGGGCCCACGAGAACGUCCUCCGAGAGCUCAUUGGCGUCGACCACGAGCAAAGCCAGCCAGGACCUGGGGUGAAUGUUCUCGACUCGCUAGACCGAUCCAGGUGGACCAUUACCGCCAGACUCACAGCCCACGGGCGAGCCGUCUAUUGCCUUGCGAAAGCCGAGGAGUUCAGCGAAGUCAAGGCGAAGCCAGCAAAGAGAUUUCCCGUCAUUGGGUCGAAAGCUUCGAUGAGUCUGCUCAAGAACAGGGGUCUCUCAACAGGAGCUAACGCUACGUCGUCUUCGCCGUCUACGCCGUCUACUCAGGCUGCAUUCAACAGCGCAGGUGCAUUGAGCCAGGCGACUUCGCAAAGGGGACCCACAACGCCCAGCCCAAGAACUGACACGGCGACUGCACAAGCUUCUCUGUCGACCAGACUGUGCAAUUCGUCCCGUACUGACUGCCUACGAGCCGGCGAUGUUCUCGGAGCCAUCUUGAGCCAGUCGCAAAGCUCGGAUCAGUCGCGACGCCUCCCUCGCAAUCCGCCUUCCGUACGGCUGGAUUCCUUCCCCAUUCUCGCGCCUUCGCUUGUUCGUCAGGGACAUCCAGGGGUAGGCGCUUGUCAAUCGACAAGAGCACUGGAAGUGUCAUCCAAUUCCAGCGAAGUCGGUAAGGGAGUGAAUGCUGCUCACGAGAAGUCGCCCGCAACGUCCGACAUUUCCUGGGACUUGGAGCGUGCUGGAAGCUCAGAAGGCGUACCAUCUCCACCAGUAGGAGCAAAGCCGACCCAAGAGUAUAGCGAUCCAAUCACCAGUGUGUCGGCGUCUGCUCCAACCAUCACUGAGCUCAUCGCUGUGCUCACAUCUGCCAUCGAUAAUCGCCUGAUGACCAACUUCUUCCUUACCUUCCGAAUCUUCAUGACUACACGCCAACUCCUCGACCUGCUGAUCGAGCGCUUUGCAUGGGCAAUGAACGCUUUGUCUUACGACUCAGCUCAACGCCGCGUGGUCCUUGUGAGGACCUACGCAAUUUUCAAGUACUGGCUAUUACACUUCUUCGAGCUAGACUACCUUUGCGAUAGGACUCUACGGGAACGAUUAACGAAAUGGCUGAACGCGGUCAGUACUGGAGCGAGCGCUUCGGGAAGCACAGUGGAGAUUCAUGUCAUCAAGAAUCUCAAAAAUGUGAUUCGCGAUCUUAAGGCACAGUAUAUGCAGACGGGCGUGAAUGCGCUAUUACAGGAUGUGCAGAGCCGGUCAGCAUCGAGUGGUUCACGUUGCAACGUCGUGCAUGGGGAGCACGACACAGGCGCGUCGACAGCAGCUGCGGAGACGCUGUUUUCGCCGAGAGACGCGGCUGUUCGGGCCGACCGGACUAGCAACGAUAUUAGCAAAUACCGAUAUCCUGCGGACCCCUGUGUGGAUGGUGCUCCCCUUCUUCGUCGUUCCGGCUUCACGUCAUCGGGUCAUUCCCGCACCAGGGAUCUGGCUCGGCCGGCGCCUCUGCCGAUACUCACAUAUGACCCCUUGACUCGAGCCAUCUCCAGCACAGUAGAUGUGUUGGCUCGAAUGAGGAGGACAAUGGGCAACGCUAGCAUGAAAGGGUAUAGCACAACGGAUGUGCUGCUCCAGUCAGGGUUCCGACGCUCUGAUCUGCUCUUUGUGCGUGACGGCGUCAAAGACCUCUUUAGCUCUUUCGAGGAGAGCGGAAAGCAUGGGGCUUGCAGAGACCAGGACUGUGCUCUUGAGCAUUUGGGCGUCCACGACCCAAUUUCCAAUCUAGGCUUUGCUAACAGCAUCUCCAGCAACAUUCCAAAUAGCGCACUGGACCUUGUCAGUGGCCGAAGCGACCCCUACUCGGAGUUCGGAUGGUGUCAGCAAGGACUCAAGGCUGGUCUGUUGCCUAGGGCGGCAAGCGAUCGAAGCUCGCGGGACGAAUCAGGCUUUGGUCACUGCACCAUCAAUCAGAGAGCAAGAGCGUGCUCGCUUGACGGCGCUGGUGCUGAUCGGUUCCGGUUGAGAGCGACGAACAAAGAAUUCCGUUACAGCUCUUCGGAUCCUUCGGUAUGCUCGGUCUCACAAUGCGGGUCCCAACCACGGUUCUCUCAUUCGAGCUGCGCAGAGCGACAAAGCGCUGUGAAAAUAGUGCAUCCUGUCAUCAGCAGCCUGACAAAUGCUGCACACAGAGCUGCUGACCCUCAACUUGACACACAAAAGGGACGGACCCCGACAGCGUUGGGAGCCUGCACAAGCUCCUCCUCUUUUCCUGAGUUCCUCUCACAAUUAUCGUCUGGAAAUCUGCUGAACUCUAGUGCUGCGUCUACCGAGCGCUCGAAUAUUGUCCAGAUUGAUGAUAUUGACCUGUCCAGCGACGAAGAUGACGUGGCAGUGAUGAAGGCACUCAGACGUCUCCCCGGAGCUAGAGACCUGCGCAUGGCAAACAGGCGUGCGCACUCAGGCAGCACUUCCACCUCGUCCGUCACCUUGUCUGUCCAGGGCGAGACACAUACAAGGAUUCGGUCAGCACGUUCCGCGACAUUCUCCCUUGGCGCGUCUCGCGGUUGUUCCAAAGGCUCUUGUCGGGAUAGUGAUGUCUCUGCUUCCGCACAAGUGGAGAUGAUGGACCCUGACGAUGCAUUAGCAGGCUAUGAGCUCGUCAAAGGGUUUCGCGUUGAGGAUUUUGCAAGCGACGAAGACGAUGGACCAGGGGACGUCGAGGAAGCCCUGCGACGCCUGGAGGGCUUUAUAGAUGAAGGCAAAAGACUGGCACGUGUACAGCGAGUGGAAGCUCUGUGGGCAAACAGUCAAAGUCGUCAAGCCGCCCUAGGAGCGAAAGGGUCCACUGCAGAGGCUGAAGUGGAGCAAGCGGAUACGUUGGGGAUAGGCAAUUGCCUGCUUACUGGAGACCAAGGCCCACGACACAACACUGUGUCACAGCUCGUUGCAGAAGCGGCGUCAGGCAUUGCGCAGUCAUCCUCAGCUGAACAGUCCUUUCUUGGAUUGCAGCCGGCUAGAAUGGCGGCAUGCGGUCGCGACAGGCACUCGGUGAAGGCCGAUACAGCAAGUCAAGCUCCAUCGCUUGCCUCUGGGCCAGUUCCGAGAGUGUUGUUCGAAGAUGCGAAAGAGGAGGACAAGACCGGAGACAAAGUGUCGCCUACUGGAACACCUUCACUACGUUCAUUGCCUCCUGUUCACCGCUGCUUCUUGCUGGACUACAAAUCCGAGGCAAUCGCCAAGCAUUUUACGCUCAUCGAAAGGGAACUGUUUUGCGCUAUUGGAUGGACUGAAUUGGUGAGCGAUCGAUGGCGAGAACGGAACUAUCCGCACGAGGUCGUCGACUGGGAGAUCUACUACAAGGCACAGUGUCAAGCUCGUCAAAAUGCCGAGGCUGCCGGAGAGCUCCCUCCUCGGAUUGAUGUGGAGACUGUUGUGGCUCGCUUCAAUUUGACUUGCAAUUGGGUCGCGAGUCAGGUAGUACUUACCCGACGUGUGGAAGAACGCGUGGCGGUGAUCUCCAAGUUCAUUCGCGUGGCCUUCAAAUGCUAUCAGCAAUGCAACUUCGUCACAUUGGUGGAGAUCUGCCUCGGUCUCCAAUCUCCUUGGGUCGAGCGUCUUCAUAAGACCUGGGCGAGGAUUGGCUCUUGGGAGAUGCGAGUGUUCAGAGAUCUCAAGGCUUUGGCCAGUCCUCGACAUGAUUUUCACCAUCUGCGAGCAGCGAUGCAUGGAAUGAUCAUCGACGAAAAUCUAGAAGAAUUGAUCACGUCCAGUGGUCCUCCCCCAGCACUUCGAGGUGCCACUUUCUUGGGUGGCCGCGAGCCACAAAUAGCGGCGACGACUCGAUGCGUUCCUUUCUUUGGCCUCUUUGUAUCGGAUCUGGCGAAGUGGCACCGUCUGCCCUCGUUCAUUCGCCCGACAGGGCCUCGGGAAUCCGGACAUGCCUUGCCUCGGGCCGAGGGUGUCGAAUGCGACCUGCAGGCGACCCAUCAGGAGCGUGCAGACCUGGUCUCGCCGCCUUCGGAUGUCCCUUCGCAGUGGAGCUUGAAUAUGCGCAAGAUCGAGCAGUUGGGGUCUACAGUAAAGACGAUCCUAGCCUUCCAACAGAAAGCGGCUGCAUACACCUUUGAAGCGGAAGCGACGCUGUACAACAAGUGUCUUCGUCUGCGUUGCCUCGCUGGUUCCCAAAUGACACAGCUUUCUCCGUCGGACGAGUGAGGCUAGCCAAUGGCUCUUGAUGCUGAUGGAAGGGAGCCUCCUUGUCAUUGAAACGCUUGUCGCAUGCUGGAGCGGUUGUCAAGGAGUAGCACACCUUUGAAUCACCCCAUUUGUAUACCCUUGUGCUUUGAUCUGUCCAUUUACCCGCUGUGUUGCAAUGCCCAGCAGCUGUUAGAGAUGUGCUCU